AAUAUAUUAAAUGAUUAUUAUAUACCAUUUAUAAUAUUUGUUGGUUUAUUAGGUAAUAUGUUAUCAUGCAUUGUAUUUUUAACCACGCAUUUAAAGAUGCGUAGUUCCAGUUAUUAUUUAGCUGCAUUAGCCGUUGCAGAUUUUGGUUUUUUAACAAUGUUAUUAUUAGUAUAUUUAAGUAAUGCCGCAAUAUUAGAAGUGUAUAAUCAAGCCGGUUGGUGUCAAUUAAUUUUAUACGUAAGUUCCGUGUGUGGUGUUUUAAGUGUAUGGUUAAUUGUUGCAUUUACGGUUGAACGUUUUAUUGCUGUACAAUAUCCAUUGCAACGACCACAAAUUUGUACUGUUUCACGGGCAAAAUUAAUAAUAUGUGUUAUUGUAACAAUUGCAUUAAUAUCACAAUCGUAUACAUUUAUUACAGCUGGUAUUGUUAAACGACAAGAUGGUACGGGAGAAUGUGCUUUGAUACAAGAACAUUUUAAUACAAUGCAAACAAUUAGUAUUAUUGAUACAAUUGUUGCAUUAAUUGGUCCAUUUAUAUUGAUUGUUGUGAUGAAUACAAUGAUUGCUAGAAAUUUAUUUUUGUUUCGUAAACGAUUUCAAAAUCGUAUGAUGUUGGGUGAUUAUUUAACAACAAAUGAUAAUAGAUCUGAUUUAAAUUUACAUCAAAUACAGUAUGUGGGUUCACGAAGGACGACAUCACAACAAUCAAAUAACUCAACAUCACGUAACCAUACUAGUCGUUCAGAUGUUUCAGGAUGUAUUCAUUCAGGAAGACAUUUUGUAUCUACAAGAAAUCAACAAAACAUUACUAAAAUGCUAUUAUUAAUAUCAUCAGUUUUCAUACUUUUAAAUUUACCCAGUUAUGUUGCUCGAAUAUACGUAUUUUUCUUUUUCUCAUUAUGGGAGGAAGAACCACCAACACAGUUAUGGUGUAUGCAACAAUUUUUCAUGCUUCUGUACUAUACCAAUUUUAGUAUAAAUUUUUUAUUGUAUGCUAUGUGUGGCAUAACAUUUCGUCGAUGUCUAUGGAAAAUGAUGCGAAAAAAUUUGAAAAGUCUGAAUAGGACAUGUUCAACAUCACAAGGAAGCCCGUAAACCAUUUAGAAUAAGAAAAAUAAGUAUAAGGUUAAUACGCAUCAUUCCAUACAACAACGACUGAACGCCUAUGUGA